GAUGUUUCUGUUUUUCGCGUCUGUUAAACAAAUAUUAGAUCGGGCCAAGGAUCGUUGGAUGAUCAUUUCCCCCGGUUAGUCACUAAUUGAUUGUCGCGCGGUUCGGAAGACGAGGAAGUUGGUUUCGUGGUUUUUGGAUUUUCACGCAAGCGCUUGGGGCUUGUAGAUUGACACGGUUUUUCGAAAGUUCCGCUGGCAAGACAAUGUUACCGUAUAGUUCUUAUGCUGCCGCGCUGGAUCAGAUUCAUAGCAUAAAUCAGGAGUUGUCGCUGUUCGCACAAAAUGGACGUUACUUUCCUAUGGACGCGAGUGGAAGUGCGGGAUUUGCAGGUUCGGCGUAUUUUGGUUUGAACCAGUGGUCUUUGCCGUUUUCCUUUUUGAAGGCAGCUCACCGUCCGGAAAAGCCACCUUUUUCCUAUAUUGCGCUGAUUGCGAUGGCGAUCAGUAGUGCACCAAAUCAGAGGUUGACGCUCAGCGGGAUCUACAAGUACAUCAUGGAUAAUUUCCCGUACUACCGCGAGAACAAACAAGGCUGGCAGAACUCCAUCCGCCACAACCUAUCGCUGAACGAUUGCUUCAUAAAGGUGCCCCGUGACAAAUCGUCAUCGUCCGGUGGAAAACAGGGACCAGGGGACGGAACAGAUUGCAACGAUGGCAAUAGCAGCAGCAGCAACGGUGCAAUAGGUGGUGGCAAAGGCAGCUACUGGAUGCUAGACCCGUCGGCAAACGAUAUGUUCGAGCAGGGCAAUUACCGCCGACGGAGAACGCGCCGCCAGCGGAACGCAAAAAUGAUCCUGAACGGCCACUUCCAGGCAUCACCAUUUGCGCUGGCGUUCCCUUCGUCAUCCGCGGUGGCCACAGCGGAAUUCAUUAAAACAACAGCAGCAUCCACAAACGAUUUCCAUCAUCUGAUAGGCGGCCACAAUUUGGAGGCAGUCGCACCGAACUGCUACCACCCCGGGGCAACGGCACAAAUCGGUGGAAACGUUGGCCAUUCCGUCCUGUCGCUGCCGCCGAGCUCUUCAUCAUUACCUGGUGCGGCACUGCUGCCGAUUGCCUCUUCACCGUGUCCUUCGUCGAACUCGACGUGCUCUUCGCCACCGCAGAAUUACCUUCAUCAUCACUAUCAACUUCAGCAUCACGAGCAACAAUCAGCUUCAGGUGGUCCAAUUUCGACAAAUGAAGACAUACCAUGACCCCACAGUUAUGGAUCAAAUAGUGUGGAGUCCAACCUAUAAAAUUCAAUAA